AUGUAUAGAUGCACAUUUAACCCACCUGAAGAAGAACUCAUUAACUAUUACUUGAAUAACAAGAUCACAGAGAAUGAUGAUCUAGUGGGGAAGCAAAUCGCCGAGGUCAAUAUAUUGCACCAUGAACCUGCAGAUUUACCUGGGCUGGCGAAGAUAGAAUCGAGUCAUACUUGGUACUUCAUAUCGCCGGUGGAGAAGUUUGGGAAGCUCAACCGAACGAAGAGGGUGUCGAGGUCAGGGCACUGGAAGAUAACCGGAAAUAGUCGUACCAUUAAGGACGUUGAUGGUAACCCUAUCGGUUUAAAGAAAUUUCUUGUUUUCCAAGAAAACAAAAGAUCUUCUUCUUCCUCGUUAUCCACCACUACCACCCAACAACAGAAGACCAAUUGGAUUAUCCAUGAAUUUCAUUCCUUUCUCCCCCAUCCCAACAAGAUGCUGACGGAGAACAAGAACGAAGAUUAUGGCGGAGAUUAUUGUAAUGGCUUAGACGAGCUUCUCCAAUCACUGGAACAAGGUGAAUCCAGCGGCCUCCUUUUCGGAGAAAAUGGACACGCGUGUGAACAAGAUACCGCAGAAAACUCCAAUGUGACUAUGUGA